GUUCAAACCAGCAGGGCAGGCCGAGAUAAUUUAAGAUAUCGUCGAUAUUCUGUCUGAAUCAAUCGACUAUACAGCCAGUGUCUUUGAGCUUUAUGCGUCGUGCGCUACUUGAAGCUCUGGACUGAGCUCCAUAGAUUACUCUAUAUUGUCUGCAUUUGUUCUCUGCGAGUGACAAACUUACUUUACUACUGGUGUUGAAUUACGUAGGACGGCAACGUACCACAAUACAAGAUGACUCCAGUGCGCGCCGAAAAACCAGAAUCUGUAGAAGGCUCAAGGCCGAAGACAGACUACGAGCGGUGGCUUGAAGAAAAAGACAAGAAUUAUCAGAUCGCUGAAAGUUCAGAGUACCAUCCGCCCAUCCCCGGUAUUGAUGGGCAAGUUCCGCUAUUCCUCCAUCCCCCUGACCUCGACAGCAGUCCGCGCGAAAGUGGUCACUUGACAACGCCCGAUGCUACGGGGUUGCGAGCGCAUCAUUGUCAUGGCGAGUUUCUGCACCGACUGACUGCACGACCGCCCUCUCCUCUGAAGGCUGUUAUCACCGAAGUUCUCCUUGAGUCUUGCGUAUGGCAGCUGGCAUUACUGUCCGUCGUGAUUGUUGCUUUUCUACUCGCUGUACAACGUAUUGGCAAGCGACGUUGUAGUGGAAGGACGUCUUUAGUGCUCGCAUCAUCUGAGCAACUGAUCCCAGAUAUUGACGAAAAAGAGCUGGCUUGAGCUACGAUAUCUUGUAGGUGGAGCCCGCGCCCGAAGCAGAUUGCGAGUUGGUAAUAGCUGUCGUUUUCCCGUUUUUUUCAUUUUCUUUAGUAACUAAUUAUUCUACUCACUGCUGGUUUAGUGUAAUUUACUUCAAGUUGUAUGACCC